GGGGUACAGCUUCAUUUCCAAUAUGGCGGCUAUCAUAUGCUCUGAUCAGAUCAAUACAAACAGAAACCACAGGACGCUCCGUGCAAGUGUGUCUGGACGGACCGGUUAGUUAACUUGAGAAAUUUAUCGUCAAUAAUUAUAGAUCCAGUCUCAGGUCGGAGCUCAGCAGAGCAAAACACGUCACGGAUCAAACGAUUAUGACUCACUGCCUCAUUCAGUCGUUUCACUUUGGUUCAGACGGACGGAGGUUUGUUGACAGGUCCAGGAAAAAAACGAUUUAUAUUCUGGUCCAGUCCAUGUGAACAUGCAAAACCAAGAGUCCUCAACUCGACCUGGGGUCACUGCUGCCCAUUUGUUCCAAAAACCUGUCCUGCCUCAGGUCCGGUACCAUCCGACCAUUAAGGCUCAGAACCCCAGAAAAGGAGUGGUACCAAAAACAUCUAAACCUCCUGAAACCUAUAAGCCAGUCAGCCAACACGGAGACAACAGCACCCAGGUGAAUCUUGAUCCUGCAACAAGACCAAAAACCCAGAGUGUUCAGAAACCAGUUCAGAAACCAGUUCAGAGGGCCAAUUCAGAUCCAGAUCGGCACUCUGAUAGCGCUCCACCCACACCAGCACAGGUUCCUCUGGGUCUGAAGGUGCAAUUAAAAAGGAGUGUGGUGCAGCGGGUGGAGGUUCUGACCCGCGGACAGAGGAACAACCAGGACUGGUUCUCCUGGAGGAAGAACCGAAUCACUGCCUCGGUGGCUCAUCGUAUCGCUCACUGCCACUUUGUUAACGGCAAAAGCAGAACCCCACCAGCCAGCUACCUGGCUGCCAUCACAGGUGACAGUAAUCACGUCCAGACCCGUGCCAUGAGCUGGGGGGUGAAUAUGGAGGCCGUGGCCAUCCACAGUUACCAGAAACUGAAGACAACGGCGUUGGGUCAGCCCAUCUUGGUUCAGGAUUGUGGCUUGUUCAUCGAUGGUCAGAGACCCUGGUUGGCUGCGAGUCCUGAUGGCAUUGUGACAGACAGGAAAACUGGCCAAUGGUUGCUUUGCCUGGAGGUGAAGUGUCCCUACAAACACAGAGAGAGGCGAGUGGAGGAAGCCUGCCAGGACUCUGGCUUCUGUCUGGAGAUUGAGGACAGACAGAUGCCUGGAGAGUCUCCAGCCUACCGUCUUAAGACAUCUCACAGUUACUACACUCAGAUCCAGUGUCAGUUGGCCGUGACUGGCCUGCAGCGUGCCGACCUUGUUGUUUACACCACGAAGGAGACGGCUAUUGUUCCCGUGACCUUUGAUGCUGAAAUGUGGGCGGAGACUGUGUCCAAGCUGGAGAUAUUUUACAGAGACGCCGUCCUGCCUCGUCUCAGAGAGACGUCAGCAGCAUGGUCACCAGAGCAAUAAAGAAGCAGUGACCUCUUGGUCAUUCAGGAAUAAAAUAUUUUCAAUAACCUGUUUAGUGAAAAACCAGAGGUGAACCUGACGCUGAGUUAGCUUUGUAACCAGAUAAUGAAGGUCACCUAUGACAUCAUGCUAUUAAAUAUCUUUAUAUCGCUGA